UGAAUGAAAUUCAAAAUGGCGUGCAAUGUGCAUUUCUUAGCGUGGUAUUAGUGUAUAGAAUAGGUGUGUAGUCGAGUUUAAAUCAUUGAAAUUUUAUUAUUAUUUUAUUAGACUGGUUAUUUUAUUUAAUGCUACCGACAGUUUAAAUAAUGCACAAUGUCAACCAUGGAUCAAGAUGAAGAAUGUGUAUCAAGCAUGACUUUACUGUCCAUGGGUUUUUCGGAUAUUAAUGAAAUCAAAAGAGCUUUGAGAAUUAGCAAAGGGGAUAUUAACGAAGCAGUAGCGAUAUUAACAAAUGAAAGAUCGCAUGAUGAUGACAUUGAAAUGAAAGAUAGCCAGAUCCAAACAUCAUCUGACGAGAGCCAUUCAACAACACAGUCAAAGUUUGUUGAAACAACUGGUUUGGACAAACCAGAUUUUAUAAAUUGUCCUAAACAGGAUUCUGAAAAACUUGGAACUGAUCAAGACAAUCAGUGGCUUGAAUUUCCAACUACUAACUUAUAUGAAUUGGAAACACGUGUAUAUACUGAUCAGUGGUCCAUACCUUAUAAACGAGAAGAAUCCUUGGGAAAGUGCCUUUUUAGUGCAAUACAUUUGGCUCGAGAAGGUUUAUGUGAUGCAGAUGAAAAUUGUAGAAGAUUUAUUGACCAAUGUUUACCUGAAGCAUUCAAAAAAUUACUCACUUCUGGUGCUGUAAGAUCUUGGGGUUUAGAAGUACAAGAAGGUGUAUAUAAUAUGCUUCAAUUACUUGUAGAAUUUAUAGCAGUCAGACUGAAGCUUGAUCCUAUACCUGAAAAAUUACUCUCUGUAGUUUUAGCAAUGGCAUUUGAUCCAGAUUCAGAAUUUCAUAUAAAAAAUAAACAUAGGACUAGUACUACUAUUCAUUGGAUGUCUGGAUUUAGUCCAAGCCAAUCUUUUGCUGUUUCUAAAAAUACAUUGGAUUCUUAUGGUUGGUUAAUUGAUACUAUAAACAGAUUUGCUCAAGAAGGAGGAUUUACUCAAAUUAGUAAAAAAUUUCAUAAUGAUAAUUUAUCAUCAUCACAAAUGGCUGCCCUUUUAAUGCCCUUAGCUAAGUGUGCUGAAUUUCUAAAUGGCUCUAUUAUUUGUCCAUUAUUAUCUCCAUGCAUGGAUAAAGCAGUAGACUUAAUAAAAAACCUUACCGAUGAAGAUUUUAAAAACAAGACCAUUUGCUCAGUCUCUGAAUUGCUAUAUGCAAUGAAGCUCCUAUGUUUACAGCUGUGGCAAAAUCAAGUUUCUUUCAUGAAUGUUCUUCGUUUAGAUGUUAUCCUUAGAAUGUUAAAAUGUCCCCAUUUUAAUGCAAGAAUGAAUGGAUUAAAAGAAGUUACAAAACUGAUUGACAAUAGUAUGUCUGUGCAAUUAUCCAAGAUAGCCAUAGAUUCUGAUGAUCUUUUGGAUUGGUUGGCUGAAAAUAAAGUAUUGUCCAUUGCAUUAGAAGGUAAUAUAGAUCAAGUACAGUAUUCUGAUAAAAUUAGAGGAAUCAUGGAAUUUUUAGGACAAAGACUAUCAUUAGAUGAACUCACUAAAAUAUGGAAUAUGCAGAAUGGACAAAAUGCUCAGAUUGUGGACAAUGUGCAUUCAAUUAUGGCUGCUGCAUCAUCUAAAUUCAAUCAAGAACAAUUUCAUCAUUUAUUAUCACUUGCUCAAACUGUAUUGGAUUUACUAUGGGACUUAGCUCAUUCUCCGCUUAUAUCUACUUCUUUAAUAGAACAAAUAUUGGUUGAACAUUUUACUAUUUUAGCUGAAGUAUCGCAUAAAGAUCAAACAAAAAAGAAUUAUAUUCUUNUGACUUUGAUAUUUUUCCAGACAGCACUUCAUGAUCUUAAUAAAGCACAUGACAUUGUAAAAAUGGUUACAGCAAGUUUAUCAAGAUGUCACAAACAAGCAGUUUCAGCAGCAGAUGGUAAACCAUUAAUGCCAGAAACAUUGAUUGAGAAUCGAUAUUCUCAUGAAGAGUAUUUGAUCGAGCAUUUGAAUUUUCUUCAAUUUUUGUUGCAAGAAGGAGCACAAUAUCUACCAUGGAAUAGAGCUAAGGAAAUAUGGGAUACAUUAGUAUCAAAUCCAGAUGCUUGUGAUAAAGAUAGAGAGAUAUGCUUUGAAUGGUUUAGCAAAUGUUUACAAGAUUUAGAAAUUGAUACACAGUCUCAGUUAUUUCAACAGAAAUUAUUAAAAAUGGAUCCAUCACAAGUAACACGGAAAGGUUUUGCAUGCUUUAUGACCUAUUUUGAAAAAGUUAAUACUUCAGAACAUAAAUUGAAAAGAUCAGGAUCCACUACUGUAGUUGAAAAGAGUGAUCUUACAGGAAUUGAUUUUUUAUGGCAAGUUGCCUUAGCUUCUCCUCAUGAAGAUAUAGCAGAAUUAUCAAUUGUAAAUAUUUUAGAUGCAUCAUAUCAUUGUCUUUCACAAAAACUGAAAAAGGACCCUGUUUCUCUGCAUAAGAAAUUCAUUGGAGAAUGCUACAGAAGACUUGAUAUUGUGACAGGAGCAGUUGGAGGAACAGUAAUGUUAGAAGCUGUGUCUAAUGCAACCAAAACUUUAACUGCCAUAUCUGUUUCAGAAGUUGCCUCAUUUCCACCAGCAAUAAGAAUGACAAAGUUGCAAAAUAUUUGCCGUUUGUUGCAAAUAGCUGAAAGAUAUAUAUCUUCUAUAGAAGAAUUGCACACAGCACCUCGAACUAUAUUGCCACAUGGUUCAUCUUUUAUUGGAUAUCCUGUUCUUAUAACAUUAAGUAUUGAUUCUAAUAAAGAAAUAACAAUUAUGUGCCAUAGCAAUGAAACUUUAGGAUCUCUAAGACAACGAGUAGCCCAAUAUCUUCAUCUAAAUGCAGAGGAAAUUCAAUUACAUUGGGGAGAUAUAGAAAGAUAUAAAUCUCAAUUGGCAAUAUCUAAGGAUCAGAAACUAAUAGGACAGUUAUGUCUGGAGAAUAAUCCUAUGCUUUCUGUGAAAGCAACUUCUGGUGCUAUUGUUUUAAAUAAAAGUGAAAUUUUCCCAUCUUCUCCACAAACGUUAUUGGAAUCAGUAAAUUUUAAUUCAUUAGCUACAGCAUCAAGUGGAUCUUCCAUACGUUUUUCUUUCCAUUUAGAACAAGAGAAAAUGUUGCCUGGUGUUGUGAUGUCUUCAGGAGGUCAAGUUUUUUCCAUGUUGUUUCAAUUGGCGAUGCUGGAGGAUUCAAAAAUAUCAGCAAGAAUUAGAAAUUUGUUACAUUUAAUUCCAACUGAUCCUGCAAUAUUAGAUUCUCUGGAUUCUAUAAGUGUAAAGCAAAAAUCAAAUGAAGCUGUUUCUCCAACAACUGAUUCCAAUAAGUACAGUCCAAGAACAAGCCCAAAGAAAAUAAUUCAAAGUUCUCCAAAAGAAAAGCCAGAAGGACCACAUGAGAUUUUGAGGAAUCUGUUUGAUGUAAAUGUUCAAACAUCUCCUUUUAAACUCCUUUAUAAUCUAGAGGUUUUAUGUGGUAAAUUAAUAGUAGUUAUGCAAGAUGCAGCUACUAUCCAAAGUGCUCAAAUAUUUUGUGAAGAUUUUUUAAAUGCAGGAGGAUUAAAACUGGUAUUAGGAGUGCUGCAGAGAGACAGUAUGCCCCCUGAAGUAGAUUAUGAUAUUCGACAAGGCUGCUACUUAAUGGCAUUAGUUAUAGCUAGGUAUCUUUUGUGUGGACAGACAGGAUUAGAAUAUGGAAAUAUACCUCAUAGCUUGGGAUGCAGAAUGAAUAUUAAAAAAACUUCUCAAGCAUGCUAUUCUGAAAAUAUUGUUAAUCCUAACAUACAUCCUACAAUUUCUACCAAAGCAAUUCAGACUUUAAAUAUUGGUGAACUUUUGGAAACUUUAUCAUGUAUUAUGAGAGUUGCUUGGGCAGCAGCAGCUGGUCAACUCCAUCUUGCAAAUUGUCCUCUUCCUAGUAGUAGUCAUUUAUCUGGGAGAAGAAGUAGGCAGAGUAGCACAGGAAGUAACGCAAGUAGUGGAAGUGAAGGUGAAACUCAAGGUCUUCAUAGUGGUGUUUGUGGUCAACAGGAAUAUGUAAGCAGCAAAGAUUCUCUUUUAGCCCAAAAAUCCUUAGAAUUUCUUGUUACUUGUCUCGAAUUACGAACAGAUACUUUAAAUAUUGGUGAACUUUUGGAAACUUUAUCAUGUAUUAUGAGAGUUGCUUGGGCAGCAGCAGCUGGUCAACUCCAUCUUGCAAAUUGUCCUCUUCCUAGUAGUAGUCAUUUAUCUGGGAGAAGAAGUAGGCAGAGUAGCACAGGAAGUAACGCAAGUAGUGGAAGUGAAGGUGAAAGUCAAGGUCUUCAUAGUGGUGUUUGUGGUCAACAGGAAUAUGUAAGCAGCAAAGAUUCUCUUUUAGCCCAAAAAUCCUUAGAAUUUCUUGUUACUUGUCUCGAAUUACGAACAGAUGUUUUCAAUUCAUUUUCUACCAUGCCAUGUGUUCCAGAUUUCAUUAUAGAUAUGUUAUUAAGAUCACCAAGUUUAGAUGUAAGAACUGCAUGUCUUGAACAGUUUUAUAAAUUAAGUACACUCCAGUUUUCUAAUGCCACCAUAAGUCCAAGGCAUUUUUUAAUCCAGAAGCUUCUAACAGCUCGUCUUCCAUUAUGGGUUCCUACCAGCAGCACAAGGGGAGCAAAUCAAAAAUUGUUAAGCCAAUGCAGAGAAUAUUUUGAAUUUGUCUGCAGAAUAUUAAAAGAUUUGAGUAUCAUGGAACAACAAAUGCUGCACAUUGAUGCAAAACAAAUGGUUGAAGAUGAAAUUGCUUGGUUACAAGGGUUUUCAUCUUCAUGUAAUCCUGAUUUACAAGUAGCAGAUAAUGCAUUAUUAGCAGGUCAUUUUAAUUUAAUUAAGACAUUAUUAACAUGUGAAAAGAUUCAAAAAAAAGAAAUUGGAAAAAUAUUGAUUCCAGAUCUAUUAAAUAAAUUUUUAUUUCCUGCUUCACAUUUAAUAUCUCAUGGGAAUGACAGUAAUAGUAUUCCUCUCACACCAAGAUGUUCUAGUAAUGAAUCAAGAGUUUCAGCUUAUGAAUUGUUAGUUGAAUUAGCCAAAGAAUGUUUACAAAACAUGGAACAAAUUGUCAACUAUUUAAUAAAAAUGCAUCACUAUUUAAAACCAGAACUUGUGAAGGAAUAUGAGUAUGAACCAUUAGUGGCAGGACGUUUAGCUUCUGGUUAUGUUGGUCUAAAAAAUGCUGGUGCCACAUGCUACAUGAAUUCUGUCAUACAACAAUUAUAUAUGCAACCUGGGGUAAGAGAAGCUAUUUUGUCAGUUGAUGAGGGAGAUAUAGAUGAAGAAAGCCUUUUUUAUCAGUUUCAACUGAUGUUUGGCCACUUGUUGGAAUCACAAUUACAAUACCAUAUUCCAGAAAAAUUUUGGAAGUAUUUUAGAUUAUGGGGUCAACCUAUAAAUGUAAGAGAACAACAAGAUGCUUUUGAAUUUUUCACCCAUCUGAUUGAUCAGCUAGAUGAAUAUUUGAGUAAAAAUGGUUGGGAACCCAUUUUUAAGGCAAAAUAUGAAGGAUCAUUUUCCGAUCAAAAAAUAUGUCAGGGAUGUCCCCACAGAUAUGAAAGAGAGGAAACAUUUACUGCACUUAAUUUACCUGUGAAAAGCCAUAAUUUAUUGGAUUCACUUGAUCAGUUUGUGAAAGGAGAAUUGUUAGAAGGAGACAAUGCCUAUUUUUGUGAAAAAUGUGGAGAAAAGAGAAAUACAAUUAAAAGGACAUGUAUAAAGUCAUUACCACCAGUUCUUGUGAUUCAAUUAAAAAGAUUUGGAUAUGAUUGGGAGGCAAACAGAGCUAUGAAAUUUGAUGAUUAUUUUAAGUUUCCUUGGUUAUUAGAGAUGAAUCCAUAUACAGCUGAUGGUAUACAUGAAGAAGAGUUAUUGAAAGGUCAGAAUGAAGAGAGAAAUGAAGCCAUUAAGUCAAAUAUAAAAGCAAAUAGUUUUAUAUAUGAACUUGUUGGUGUAGUUGUUCAUAGUGGACAAGCUAAUGCAGGACAUUAUUAUUCUUAUAUCAAAGAAAGAAGAAAUUGAGAUAGUAGGUCGGGAGCAAAUGUUGGAAAAUGGUUUAAAUUUAAUGAUACCACAGUUGAAGAAUAUGACUUUAAUGAUAUUACAUUGGAAGCAGAAUGCUUUGGUGGAACUUACAAAGCUAAAGUUAGAGAUUCUGGUAAUUCUUAUCCUGAGAUUCGACAAAGGUAUUGGAAUGGCUAUAUAUUAUUUUAUGAGAGAAUGGAAGAAGCGAUAAAAACACCAAGAACACCUCGAAAAAUACCUGGACGAUUUUCAUUCAGGAAAACUGAGAAAGAUAAUAUUGGUACACCAAAUAAAACAGUAAGAAAAAGUGGUACACAUAGACAUGGUGAUAGCUUAAGUCAGCUAACACAAUUGGUUGACAGAGGUGAAAGACAGGGACUGUUUUUGGAUAAAAUGCCAGCUAGAAUACAGCAAUUAGUAAGGGAAGAAAAUUUAGUUUUUAUGCACAAUCGAGACAUUUACAGCAAUUCAUAUUUUAGUUUCAUACAGCAAGUUGUUACUUGCAACAUUGGAAAUUCAAAGCUUUCUGAUUAUCCCAAAUUAAUGAUUGAAAGUUUAAAUUUAAGUGUCAAUUUUCUUUUCAAUACUUACUUACGUUAUAAAAGGAAGAUCAGUACUGUGAUGACAGAAUGGGUGAAUUGUAUUGAGACAAUAAUUAACAGUAAUAAAGAAGCUACAUUUUGGCUAUUGAAUUAUUUAGCUAAUACCAGUAGAAUUAAUUAUUUAAAGCUAGAGCCUAUGGUAGUCUAUUGUAAUUCUUAUCCUGAGAUUCGACAAAGGUAUUGGAAUGGCUAUAUAUUAUUUUAUGAGAGAAUGGAAGAAGCGAUAAAAACACCAAGAACACCUCGAAAAAUACCUGGACGAUUUUCAUUCAGGAAAACUGAGAAAGAUAAUAUUGGUACACCAAAUAAAACAGUAAGAAAAAGUGGUACACAUAGACAUGGUGAUAGCUUAAGUCAGCUAACACAAUUGGUUGACAGAGGUGAAAGACAGGGACUGUUUUUGGAUAAAAUGCCAGCUAGAAUACAGCAAUUAGUAAGGGAAGAAAAUUUAGUUUUUAUGCACAAUCGAGACAUUUACAGCAAUUCAUAUUUUAGUUUCAUACAGCAAGUUGUUACUUGCAACAUUGGAAAUUCAAAGCUUUCUGAUUAUCCCAAAUUAAUGAUUGAAAGUUUAAAUUUAAGUGUCAAUUUUCUUUUCAAUACUUACUUACGUUAUAAAAGGAAGAUCAGUACUGUGAUGACAGAAUGGGUGAAUUGUAUUGAGACAAUAAUUAACAGUAAUAAAGAAGCUACAUUUUGGCUAUUGAAUUAUUUAGCUAAUACCAGUAGAAUUAAUUAUUUAAAAUCUUUUUUACUUGAGUGUCCAAACAGAGAAGUCAGAUUUGCUUUUGCAAGAAUACUUGAAAAGACAAUUGCCAAUUUCUUCUAUCAUGGAGGAAAAAUUAUUGAUAGAAGUUUAGACAGUGUCAUUACUUGUUUAUUGGAGAUGCUGAACCAAGAAGUGCCCGAUAACUGUCGAAGUUGCAGCCAGUAUUUUUGGUUACUCAGCAUGUAUGUUCAAAUGGUAAGUAUUCUGUUAGAAAAUCUUCAAAGACAAGAUAAUGUAGCAAAUGUUGGAAAAUGGUUUAAAUUUAAUGAUACCACAGUUGAAGAAUAUGACUUUAAUGAUAUUACAUUGGAAGCAGAAUGCUUUGGUGGAACUUACAAAGCUAAAGUUAGAGAUUCUGGUAAUUCUUAUCCUGAGAUUCGACAAAGGUAUUGGAAUGGCUAUAUAUUAUUUUAUGAGAGAAUGGAAGAAGCGAUAAAAACACCAAGAACACCUCGAAAAAUACCUGGACGAUUUUCAUUCAGGAAAACUGAGAAAGAUAAUAUUGGUACACCAAAUAAAACAGUAAGAAAAAGUGGUACACAUAGACAUGGUGAUAGCUUAAGUCAGCUAACACAAUUGGUUGACAGAGGUGAAAGACAGGGACUGUUUUUGGAUAAAAUGCCAGCUAGAAUACAGCAAUUAGUAAGGGAAGAAAAUUUAGUUUUUAUGCACAAUCGAGACAUUUACAGCAAUUCAUAUUUUAGUUUCAUACAGCAAGUUGUUACUUGCAACAUUGGAAAUUCAAAGCUUUCUGAUUAUCCCAAAUUAAUGAUUGAAAGUUUAAAUUUAAGUGUCAAUUUUCUUUUCAAUACUUACUUACGUUAUAAAAGGAAGAUCAGUUUCAGAUCUUUUUUACUUGAGUGUCCAAACAGAGAAGUCAGAUUUGCUUUUGCAAGAAUACUUGAAAAGACAAUUGCCAAUUUCUUCUAUCAUGGAGGAAAAAUUAUUGAUAGAAGUUUAGACAGUGUCAUUACUUGUUUAUUGGAGAUGCUGAACCAAGAAGUGCCCGAUAACUGUCGAAGUUGCAGCCAGUAUUUUUGGUUACUCAGCAUGUAUGUUCAAAUGGGAAAUAAAGCUUGUGCUCAUAUCUUUGAAAAGAAUGGCUUCCAAAAACUACUAACGUUUCUUUUAGGACCAGCAGCUGCAGAAAUGCAAAUAGAGGGUUCUUUUCCGAGGCGCUGGAGUUCUGUUCAAACUCGUGAUUUUGGACCUUUACAUACUACUCUAGCUACAUUGAUACUCUGCUGUGAUCUCUCUCCUCAUAGAACAUGUGAUAUUGAUAAAUAUUCUGUACGUAUAUCUGAAUGGAGUCCAAGUAAUGAAUAUCUUCAGAUGCCAGAUGAUGUAUGUUCAGCUCUUUUUGGUCCUGGUGGAAUUCGUUACAUAAGAGAAAUUGUGAGUGCAUGCAGAGAAGUAUCUGGUCCAAUUGGCAUAAUCAUCGAUAUGCUUAUUCAAAGCAGUUUUUGCAAUGCUGAUUUUUCUGUAACAGUUAUUAAACAAGUCAUGGUUCAAUAUUCUUCUGUGCCUUCUAAUGAAUUAAAGAAUUUAUCUCUCUUACUUUUAGAAAUUUUGUCUUUGGAAGAUCCAUUGCAGUAUAUUCGUAUUCAGUAUGUCAUAGACGGGUUCACUGACGAAAAUGGUACUCCUUAUGACGGAAUGCUUGCCAUUAUUCGUGCCAAUCAAAAUAAUGAUAGCAGACGUUCUUAUCAAGGAGUAAAAUUUCUAGUCACUUUAGCACAUAAAUGUUCUUUGGCCAAAGAUUAUCUGAUGCAAACACCAAUUAAAUGGCAGUGGGCAGUUAAUUGGUUAAAGAAAAUGAUGUCAGAACAUACUUAUUGGGGUCCACAAUCAAAUAUCCCACUUUCUAAUGAAGAUUCUAAUACCAAAACAUUCCAGCGUACCGUUAGUGCUCAAGAUACUUUAGCUGAUGCAACAGCUUUACUAACGGAAUUAGAAUCGCCCGAAAAUCAAGAUCUGGUCAUGGACAUGGAUGAAGAAAACAAAAGUCAAGGAAUAUUCAUGAAACUUGAUCAAGAAGAGAAAGUACAAAUACAGAAUACACAGAAUACAAAAGAACCUACAAACAAGGAAGAUAAUGGCAAAUUAAAACGUGUACAGGGUAUGGACGAUUUAGAUUGUAUUGAUCCUUGAAUUCUCACAUCAACUUCUGUGGUAUUUUAGAUAUUUCAAAAAAUAACAGUGCCAAUAUUUUGUCAUAUAUGCAAGAAUAUAUAUACAGAAUUUAUUAGAUUAUAUAACAGAUUUUUUUUAUAUAUAUAUAUAUAUAUAUAUAUAAAAUGUUGUUGUUGUUACAAGUUAUUAUGCUGCCACAAAUUUGCAUAAAUUUGAUUCUAUUUCUUCUAUGCAAUGACAUUACUGUGGAUGUUUAUGGCAAUGGCAAAAUUUUAAACUCAACACAACAAUUUGUUUCUAAAGAAUACGUAAAUCUAACCAUAAAAUUCUUUAGGGACAGCUGUUUUAUUGACAAAUCCAACUUUUCUGAAUUUGUGAUGAGUAAAUAUCUAUUUUUCUCAAGAAAUAUAUUACUAUGCAUUUUUUGAAAUGAUUUUUUUUGUAAUAUAAUUGUUUUGUUGAAAAUUUUUAAAUUUCUUCUUACAGAUGAAUUAGAUACUUGAUAAUUGGACUGUCAUUAAUAUUUUAUUGUUAAUAAUACAGCCAAACAGAAAACAAAAGUAAUUGUUUUGUUUGAUGUUUGUUCAUA